GUGGCCCCAGCCCAGUCCGAGGCCAGCAUGUCCCUGCAGAGGAUCGUGCGUGUGUCCCUGGAGCAUCCCACCAGUGCCGUGUGCGUGGCUGGCGUGGAGACCCUGGUGGACAUUUAUGGGUCAGUACCGGAGGGCACAGAGAUGCUCGAGGUCUACGGGACCCCCGGUGUGGACGUCUACAUCUCUCCCAGCAUGGAGAGGGGCCGGGAGCGUGCGGACACCAGGCGGUGGUGCUAUAACGCAGGGCUGGAGAUCAUCGUGGUCAUGAACUCUCCCAGCAAUGACGUCAACGACAGUCACGUUCAGAUUUCCUACUACUCCAGACAUAAGCCCCAGCCCCUGGCAUACACUGUGCUCUACCUCACCUGUGUUGACAUCACUCUGGAUUGCGACCUGGACUGUGAGGGCAGGCAGAACGGAAGCUUUGUGGACAAGCGCCAGUGGGUCUGGGGGCCCGAUGGGUAUGGGGCCAUCCUGCUAGUGAACUGUGACAGGGACGAUCUGAACUGUGAUGACCGGGACAACUGUGACCAGCACGUAUGCUGCCUGCAAGACCUGGAAGACAUGUCCGUCAUGGUCCUGCGGACCCAGGGCCCCGCUGCCCUCUUCGAUGACCACAGACUCAUCCUCCACACCUCCAGCUAUGACGCUAAGCGGGCACGGGUCUUCCACGUCUGCGGUCCCGAGGACUCGUGCGAGGCCUACAGGCAUGUGCUGGGCCGGGACAAGGUGUCCUACGAGGUGCCCCGCUUCCACGGGGACGAGGAGCGCUUCUUUGUGGAGGGCCUCUCCUUCCCGGACGCCGGCUUCUCGGGGCUCGUCUCCUUCCACGUCACCCUGCUGGACGACUCCAAUGAGGAUUUCUCCGAGUCCCCGAUCUUCACUGACACGGUCGUGUUCCGGGUGGCCCCCUGGAUCAUGACGCCCAGCACCCUGCCGCCCCUCGAGGUGUACGUGUGCCAGGUGAGGAACAACUCGCGGUUCGUGGAUGCAGUGGCGGAGCUGGCCAUGAAGGCCGGCUGCAAGCUGACCAUCUGCCCGCAGGCCGAGAACCGAAAUGACCGCUGGAUCCAGGACGAGAUGGAGCUGGGCUACGUCCAGGCGCCGCACAAGACCUUCCCGGUGGUCUUCGACUCCCCCAGGAAUGGGGAGCUGCAGGACUUCCCUUACAAGAGAAUCCUGGGUCCAGAUUUCGGCUAUGUGACUCGGGAGCCGCAAGACAGCUCUGUGUGUGGCCUGGACUCCUUCGGAAACCUGGAGGUCAGCCCCCCAGUGGUGGCCAACGGGAAAGAGUACCCCCUGGGGAGGAUCCUCAUUGGGGGCAACCUGCCUGGGUCAAGUGGCCGCAGGGUCACCCAGGUGGUGCGGGACUUCCUCCACGCACAGAGGGUGCAGCCCCCCGUGGAGCUCUUUGUGGACUGGUUGGCCGUGGGCCACGUGGAUGAGUUUCUGAGCUUCGUCCCGGCCCCCGAUGGGAAGGGCUUCCGAAUGCUCCUGGCCAGCCCCGGCGCCUGCUUCAAGCUCUUCCAGGAAAAACGGAAGUGGGGCUAUGGCAGGGCCCUGCUGUUCGAAGGGGUUGUUGGCAACAACCGGGUCACCACCAUCUCCAUCAACCAGGUCCUCUCCAAUGAAAACCUCAUCAGCUACAAUAAGUUCGUGCAGAGCUGCAUCGACUGGAACCGGGAGGUGCUGAAGCGGGAGCUGGGCCUGACGGAGCGGGACAUCGUGGACAUCCCCCAGCUCUUCAGGACCGAGAGGAGAAAGGCGGUGGCCUUCUUCCCUGACUUGGUGAACAUGCUGGUGCUGGGCAAGUACCUGGGCAUCCCUAAGCCCUUCGGGCCCAUCAUCAACGGCCGCUGCUGCCUGGAGGAGAAGGUGCGGUCGCUGCUGGAGCCGCUGGGCCUCCACUGCACCUUCAUCGACGACUUCACCCCGUACCACAUGCUGCACGGGGAGGUGCACUGCGGGACCAACGUGCGCCGGCAGCCCUUCUCCUUCAAGUGGUGGCACAUGGUGCCCUGAGCCUGGCCCCCGGGCGUCCUCUCCCCCUGGGGUGGGACAUGGGCCGGGGUGAUGGAGACUGAGACAGGCCCCUAAGGAAGUGUCAGGAGACCCCAAGUGUCCAGCUGGAAUGCCGAGCGGGACCGCCCCUCUCCGAAGCCGUUGUCCUGCAAGUGUCCGCGCCUCACCAGCAGCCCAUUUGGUUCUCAGUUUGAUGCCUCCUGGCCUUCCAAGGAGACCUCAUUUCUUGUGGCCUCUCACGCAGAUCAACGCGGCCCACGGGGACUCCUCCACACAUCCGCACCCCCAAAGCCUUCCCGUGGAGCCAACUUCUCUUUGGGGUCUAGAAACAUCCAGGCAUCUCACCUGCCCUUUGGCCUGUGUGUCCGAUGGAGGAAGGGCCCAUGAUUCUGCUCUGGUCUGAUUGCCUCUCUCUCUGCAAGGGACCAGCCCCAAAGUCAGUUCUUCCCCCAGCGGAGAGAUUCCGCCCAUAGCCUCACCCGCAGAGAAGGCGCUGGGGGCCCACGCGCUUGAGGGGGGCCCACCACUCCAACUGCCAAGCUCCUGACCAGAUCUUGAACUCUACCCCACCCAGUGCCCAACAUAAGCUUUCUCGUCGUAGGAGCUCUAGGUGUGGGCUGAAGAAAUGAUAGUUGUCCCUUAGCUUUAUAAACUCCCCAUCAUCUGCCAUCCAGAAAUCCGACUUUGUGCACAAACCUCCUGGGAUUUCUUGGAUAUGAAAGUAUCUGGGGAAUUCCUGGAGAUUGGGAGACUGUGGGUGCCGGGGUGAAACAUCCUUCCUAACGCAUAGGUGCUUUGUUGGCCCGGGGACCUCGCUCUGCAGGUGGGGACACCCCCGGCAGGAUUUAGCCCUGCUACACCUCAGAAGGGGCCGACAGGGGUCCAACCCGUAGAGACAGCGCUGGGAAUGAACCCUCUGAGUGCAAGGGGAGAGGGAGAGAGAGCGGUGGUUUUCUCCAGAUGUGUGUCAGUUACACAUGUGUUCUGUAUGGGUCCAGCUGUGUUUCCAUCACUGGCUAAUAAACCUACAGAAGCACAAA